AUGCAUCCGUUGAGAUGUGUGCUUAUCUUGACAGUUGUUCUUCUCGAACGAAAUGUUGUGAUAACAUCAGAUGUAGACAACUGCCCAAAGGGUCAAUGCAUGAAUGUUUCACUUCUCGAACUCUUUGACAGCACUUGGGAGAUUCUUGAAAGCGAUUUAUGUGAAGGAAUCUGCGCGUGUACAUUCUGCCACUCAGAAGAUUCAUUGGAGAAAGACCCUUGUGAGUGCAAACUGAACGGCUCAGCCCUCGAAACACGAACUGGCCAUCUUUUUGUCGACUUCGCCCAAAAAAUCUUUGAUUUCUACAACAAGACAUCAAGCGAUAGUGAUGUGAUUCCAGAAUGCGCUGAACGUUUCAAGAAGGGAGCCAUAUUUGGGGAGAUUCUUUGGUUCGGUUGGCAAAUUGGCAGGUGUACGCGCACGGCAUGUCAAGCUAUGUUUUGGAACAUCAUGUUUGGCAAUGGAAAGGAAUGUUCCUGUGAAAUUGGUGGCGAUGAAGAAAAAGAACUCGCGUUUGCUCAUUACAUCUAUCAGACUGGACAAGUGCUUUUGAGCUUCAAACCA